AAUUAAGUUCGCAUAUCUCCCCCAAAUUUUCCCGCUCUUCUUGUGUGUCUUUCCCCGCCAUUGUCACUCUUAAAAAGAAGUCCUCAAAAUGGCGCAGAAUCGGGUCAUUCUCUGGUCAAAUUAGGUUUAUCUUGUAUGUACACCGGAGAGAACAUUUAUUCUGUCAAUAGUCAAUACCCCAAAUUUAACCCUAGAAAAAAAAAUGAAUUUUGACUGGCCUAGCUCAACUCCAUUCUCAUGAGUUGACUUUAAGCCAUAUAGAAAAACAAGAAGUCGUCAAAAUUCAGGGAAAAAUUCAGAAGGCGAAGAAGAGAGAAACAGAGAAAUGUUACUGGGUAGAGUAAGAAGACCUUCAAUUGCUUCACUCGAAGCUUUGGAGAUGGAAAGAUCGUCUCCUAAGAUUAUCAAAGACGACCAUCUCUCCGUCUACGAGUCUACACUUAUGAAGCUCAAAGAAGGUUCUCAGCGUUGUCAAACCCUGAACCAGACAGAUGCCAUGAGUACUGAUGUCAGUUGUGUGACAGCAACUGAUUCUACUGAAUCAUCUAGUGCUGGUUGUUUGUCCACUGGUUCUUUUAAUUUCGUUGGUGAAGAAACUAAUUCAGGGAGCUCCCCAAGUGAGCAAAGGAAUAAAACCCCAUCUGUUCUGUAUCUGUUUUCCAGAUAUAAGAGUCUAAAAAGUGACCCGAGAUCAUCAGAUGAUAAAGUCGUGCUGAUGGAGACAGAGUGCUCUUCUGCCAGUGCUUCUCCCAGUUCUAGCAAUUCUGAGUUAACGACCGGUCAAGUACUGCAAAUCUCAGAAGAAUGCUUUGACUCUGGUAUGUACAAGUAUCAAGAAACGAGCUUGGCACAGCAAUGAAGAGAGUUUACAGUAUUGCCAGAAGUAUAAUUACUAAGAAAUGGAUUUCUUUUCGCAAACUAGAGUUCUAAUUCUUUCGUGGAGGAGUAUUUUGGCUUUUUUUUUUACUUUCUCUGUACUAUCUCAUUAUAGUUGUUGAGUAGACAGACAAAUGGUUCGUCGAUUUGCUCAUCAACUUUAUUAAGUCGACGAAAAAGUCGACGCCAUAAAUUUGUUUUCCAAAACAAAUACUUUCCACUUUCGUGAGUCUUAUGUUAAUACUGAUACAUUAAUUAAUUUCUGAUGAUAAUGCCAUCAAAAAAAUUGUAACAAUCACAAACUUUGCCUGCCAACAAGAUUGUUCACAAUAGAGUUGAAAAUGGCUUGCAGUUUCGUGGUGAAGAAAUGUAGUAAAAGAAAGGUUAGAUAUAUAGCAGAGAUAGCUUAUAAGUUGCCAAACGAGAUCAGAACUACUUUUAUGUAUGAUGAUUCCAGUUGCAGGUACUAUAUAUAAUGUUAACGCCAAUUUCUUCUUAGGCAUAGGCCAUUGGAUGAAGGCGGGAAAAAAGUUGGCUCUUUGUUCUUUUAUUCCAAACGAAACGAAUUGCUAUGUUUCAGUUUUAAAAGCC